AUGUGGCAGCUUCCAAGAAGAACGUCACGGAGAAGAACCAAUACUACGGCCUCGCCAUUGCCUUCACGGUGCUGGCGGGCGCUUAUGGCGCUCAACCCUGCCGUGGCACUGGGCAUCGACGUGUCCAGCGCUGGUGUGGGCUUCGGCUGGUGCGUGCCCUACGUCCUCUUCGAGCUUCUGGGAUCCGCCAUGGCUGCAGCACUCUUCAAGGUGGUUCGCCCUGAAGACUUCGGAGGCGAGAAGAGCCAGAUGACCGAGUUGGCCAGCGAGUUCCUGGGUACCUACAUGCUGGUUCUCACGGUGGGCUUGAAUGUUCUGGGCAGCUCCAAGGCUGCCGCCUUCUCCAUCGCGGCGAGCCUGACCUCGAUGAUCUACGCCCUUGGGGACGUCUCCGGUGCCCACUUCAACCCGGCGGUCACGAUGGCCAUCUUCGCCUCCGGCCGCUGCCCGGAGCUGACCCCGGCCAAAGCCGGCACCUACGCCGGCGUGCAGGUCGCGGGAGGCGUGGCCGCGGCCCUCACCUACGCCUUCAUCUACCAGGGCAAGACCUUCGGCUUGGGGCCCGUGGGCACCAGCACCUGGGCGGCCGUCUCCGUGGCGGAGAUCGUCUUCACCUUCGUCCUGUGCUACGUGGUGCUGGCCGUGGCCGUGUCGCCCCAGACCAAGGCCUCCCACCUCUUCGGCCUGGCCAUCGGCUCCUGUGUGACUGUGGGUGGGUUCGCCAUCGGGGGCAUCUCGGGUGGCUCCCUGAACCCGGCCGUGUCGUUUGGCAUCGCUGCGGCCAACAUUCUUAAUGGAGGACUCUUCUUCAAGGCCCUCAUCUACACGGUCCUGGAGCUUGUUGGAGGAGUGGCCGCUGCUGGCAUCUUCAAGUUCACCCACGAGGUUUUGGCCCGAGUAUACCCCCGUCCAGAUUCCAAUCCCUUCAAAGCAGCCAUGGCGUUGCGUGCUGCCCUCGUCGCGAUGUUGCCGGCCGUGGUGGCGGCCGAGAAGUAUGCUGUCAUUGCUGCAGGGUCAGCAGGUUUCAUGAACUAUCGCCACCAAGCAGACGCUUGCCAUGCCUACCAGAUCAUGUUGCAGAGCGGGGUGCCCGCAGACAACAUCAUCUUGAUGAUGCAGGACGACGUGGCCAACAGUUCCGAGAACCCUUUCCCGGGGCAGCUGUUCAACAAGCCGGGCGAGAACCCACCGGAUGUCUACAAGGGCUGCAAGGUGGACUACUCCGGUGACAUCGUGACUGGCCAGCUGUUCAUGGACGUGCUGACCGGUAACACGGAGGGCGCCAAGGGCAAGGUGCUGAAGAGCGGAGCCAGCGACACCGUGUUCGUGAAUUUUGUGGACCACGGCGGCCCAGGCAUCAUCGCCUUCCCCAACGGCCCGGUGCUUACCGUGAAGCAGCUCUCUAAGACACUGAAGACCAUGCAGAGCAAGAAGAUGUUCAAGCAGAUGGUGUUCUACAUGGAAGCCUGCGAGAGUGGCUCCAUGUUCCCGGAUCUCGAGAAGGACGGAAAGAUCCUGGCGGUGAGCGCGUCCAACGCUGACGAAUCUUCCUGGGGAACCUACUGCGGUGAUGCGGCCAUGGUGAAGGGCAAGAACGUGGGGUCCUGCUUAGGCGACCUCUUCUCCGUGAACUGGAUGCAGGACGACGAUGCUGGCAAGUUCAAAUCCGAGACCUUCCGCAGCCAAAUCUCUAAGGUGACGAAGUUGACCAACAAGAGCCACGUGUGCAGUUUCGGCGACGAGUCGUUUGAGGAUGAGACCAUUGGCAGCGUGGAGACGGCCAGCAGCCUCUCCGCGAGCCCGUCCGAUACGGCCCAGGGUGCUGUGGACGCGCGGGACGUCUACCUCACUCAGGCCAUGUGGGCCUGGCAGCAUGCGACGGACAAGGAGUCGAAGCAGAAGGCUUGGACGCGCGUGACUGGCAUCAUGAAGGACAGGGAGGCCGAUGAGGCCCUCUUCGCUGGCCUUGCUGCGGCUGCUUGCGCGGACGUGAACCCAGAGCGUUUGGUCCAAUGCCAGCACAAGUUCUUGCACGAGCGUAUGGAGAUGACCCACAUGGACUGCCACCACGAGUUGGCGCUUGCAGUGUAUGAGCAUUGCCCGGCCUCGGAGUACCACCACUCUGCCGGCGGAUGGAACGGCUUCAACAUGAAGUUUGCCCGGGUGCUCCUGAACAUCUGCGAGGGUCAGGAAGCCCUUGGAAAGUCGACGGAGCAACUCGUGCACCUUGUCCAGGAGCACUGCACCAAGGCCUCGCGUGACCGCGCCGCUGAGAUGCAGAUCCUUGUGUAA